AUGAAAGAUAGACUUGGCAAUAGAAUUAUUCAAAAACGGACGGACAAAGAAACUUCAGAAUUUGAAAAUAAAAAUUAUGGGAAUCGGUCACAACCACCGAAAAGAAAAUAUGAUGAUUCAGAUGUUCGUGAAAUGAUGAACUUUGUUCGAGACAUUUUAAAAGAGGUUAGUGCAAUAGAAGAAAGAUCCAAGCAAAAGGUAAUGAAACUGGCAUUAAGAGAAGAUAAAGACUUGAUGCAGAUAUGGAGAACUGAAAAAACGGUGGGACCGCUCGCUUUAAGACGUAGUAGCUUUUAUAAGUUAGGUUUAUACGUAAUAGUUAUCAAGUUUCUUGAUCAUCGCUAG